AUGAGUGAUGAUCAUAAAAUUGAUGGUAUAGUAGAUGAUGUAGCUGAUGAGGGGCUAGAAGCACAAGCCCAUGAAAAGCCAGCGGCCGAAUUCCAACCAAGAAGAUCGACCAGGGUACGGAGACCUCCGAGUAGGUAUUCUCCAGAUGAUUACGUUCUCCUAACAGACGGGGGAGAACCAGAAUGUUAUAAAAAAGCAUUGACUCAUAAUCAACAAGAUGAGUGGUUGAAAGCCAUGCAUGAAGAGAUACAAUCUCUACAUGAUAACCACACAUACGAUAUGGUGAACCUACCAAAAGGUAGAAGAACACUCAAGAACAAAUGGUUGUAUCGACUGAAGGCGGAAGAAAACAACUCUAAGUCCAGGUUUAAGGCAAGGCUAGUUGUGAAAGGUUACAGUCAGAAGAAAUGA